AUGGAAAAAACUGGUCUCACUUUUUCCGGCCGAAGUCAACUCAUGGUGGCGCCGCCGUCACCCCAGCUUGUUCGCAGCAGAAGUGGAAGCAACCCGGCGGCUAUAACCACCCCAGAUAGAAGCUCCCGGAGGUUCAGCACUAGUGAAAGAUCCAUUAAUGGCAACCGUUCAAAAUCAACAUUGAAAGAAAGAACCCAAAACAACGAAGGGAACAUAAACUCCCAAGAGAAGAAGAGUAGAGAUGGUUUUGGUAAGUUCUUACAGCGUGGUGUUAGCCCUGAUAUUAAUGGAGCUUCAAAGAGGGUAACAUCAACCAUGAAGUUGCCUUCGGCAUGGGCACUAUCGCCGGGAAGGGGAUCCCUCGGCUCUCCAAUUGGGUCCAAGUCGCCGGUUAAAGCCAAUCGAGGUAGUGGUGGCGGCGGAGUAGCUAAAGUCUUGAAAUACUUCAAGCAAAAGAAAGUGUCGUCCAUACAAGAAGAAGAAUACCAUCGAUUUAAGAUUUUGCAUAACAGACUUAUGCAAUGGAGAUUUAUUAAUGCUAGAGCUGAGGUUGCGAUGGCUAACGUCGAGAAUAUAGCCGAGAUACAAACGUUUUCUGUAUGGCUUACAAUCCUCAUGCUAAGAAAGAUAAUAAUACAAAGGAGAAUACAAAUGCAAAAAGUCAAACAUAUGAUAAAGCUUUAUCAUAUAAUGAAUCGACAACUCUCCCUUCUUAGUGAAUGGGCAAAAUUGGAGAGAAGAAAUCAAGAAUCAAUUGGCAAAUUGACAAGAAAGUUGUCAGCAGUGUCCGCAACACUCCCUUUAUCUCACGGUCUUAAGCCGCUGGAUCCAGUCUUGGAAGAGGUGAAUCAACCUCAAAACCAGCCUGAGAAUGAAAUAGAUUAUGAUCAUGUUCAUGUCAGUGAGGAUGUGUCAGACACAGCCUCCACCCCAGCACCCGGUGAUCGAGUUGCGGCUCUAGCUCUGAAUAAUCCUCCCCAACAUCUUGGGGAUACUGCUGCUUCCCGUGUUGCCUAA